AUAUCGACUCCUCCUAGGCCUCAGCCUCGCAAUGGCAACACAGCAAAGUCAAAAUAUUCGCGUAUUUUUACGCAGUCGUCCUGGGGAGUCAAAUCCAGUGUCAGUUGAAAACUUCGCUAUUGAAAAUAUUCCUAUUUUAGAGUGCAAAGAUGGCGAAAUUAUUGCGAAAACUUUGUGCUUGUCUGUAGAUCCGUACAUGCGAUGUAGGUUUAACGAGAACUCCGGGGUGGAUUACAUGAAAUCCUGGCAAAUCGGGGAAACUAUUGACGCUUCUGGGACUGGGGUUAUCCUAGAGAGCAAAGAUGAAUCGUUUAAGCCAGGCGAUGUAAUUCAUCUACCGAUGUGUUGGCCGUUUCAAAAAUUUGUGAAUUUCAAUUCUCAGAAAUUGCUAUCGAAUGCCGACUCCACCGAUGGGUUACAUGCACUGCAGAAGGUAGAAAGUGACAUCUUGCAAAAACACCCAUCACUUACCCUCGGACUCCUGGGUGUAACAGGAAUGACGGCGAUUUUAGGGCUACGAGAAAAGGCCCAUAUUGUUCCCGGCGCAAAUCAGACUGUCGUCAUCAGCGGUGCCGCAGGGGCUUGUGGGUCAGCUGCUGGUCAGAUCGCAAAGUUAGAGGGAUGUGGGAAGGUGGUUGGAAUCUGUGGAACAGACGAGAAAUGCCAGCAUUUGGUCAAUGACUUGGGGUUUGAUGCGUCUAUCAACUAUAGGACCAUCAAAAAUAUACAGGAAAAGUUGUCUGAAUGCUGUCCUGAAGGUGUCGAUGUUUACUUUGAUAAUGUUGGCGGAGAAAUUAGCAAUGAGGUUAUCAAAUCUAUGAACAAAGACAGUCAUGUCGUAUUGUGUGGUCAAAUAUCGCAGUACGAUAAGGACUUACCCUACCCCCCGCCAAUACCCGAUAACAUCACCGAAAUAUUGAAGAAAAAUAAUAUCACCCGAGAGAGGUACACGGUGUUGAAUUAUCCUGAAAAAUUUCACGAAUCAUUAGUGCAGCUGGAGACGUGGCUUAAGGAGGGUAGAUUGAAAAAUCGGGAAACGUUUGAGAUGGGCCUCGAGAAUGCUGGGAAUGCAUUUGUAUCAAUGAUGAGUGGGAAAAAUAUUGGAAAACAAAUUAUCCAAGUUGAUGUUUGAACGGUUAGCUUCGGAACAAACUGAAUCACAGAAAUAACUUGCAAUAGUCUUUAAAUUCGUAAUAGCAUGGACAAUUGUUUUGGAAGGAUAUGGGGACGUUUAGUGAUGUGAAAAUAGCGUUGCAAGAUCAUGCACGAGGCUGGUUGAUUUAUUUAUAGUUAUACUAAAUUUAUUGAUCAUUGAUUACUAGUUAACAAUUACAUGACAAUUUACUUGUAAAUAAUCAGCAUUUUGGGUGGAAAUUUUAACUUUUGAGUAUAGAAACCCCCCCAUAAAAACCUCUUUUGCAGGGCCGUAGCUAGACCGCUUCAUUGGGGGGUGUAUAUUCAUAUAUUCAUGUUUUUCUACCGCGGGAACAAUAGCGU